AUGUACACAUCCAUUUGCUUUUUUUACAGGUUGCAGCCCGAGAAAGGAUACAUACAGUACGUUCAAUGUCCCCCAUGUGCCCGCGCUUCAACUAAACUCCACUGCAUUCAGUGCUUUGAGCUGCAAACCACCAAACACCACGGUAUCGUCUCCCCAGAGACAGAAAAUUUGACGCCCUCAAGCGACAUCGCCCUCAACAUCGACACCCCAAAAUCAAUCUACAACCACCUUUUUCAUCGUCAAAAACUCGUGCAUUCAUCUCAGGCGACUUGA